AUGCAUUCUAAUGUCGGUUUUUUAGAUAAACUUCGUUGGCGCUUAAACGUGCUUGGAAAUAGAUAUGCUCAAUACCGUUUAAUCACCAACGAGACCGCUGUAAUUGACACCGAAUAUGGCAAAGUGAAAGGCAUCAAGCGGAGAACAAUCUACCAAGUGCCAUAUUAUAGCUUCGAGGGGAUUCCCUAUGCUAAGCCACCUGUGGAUGAGUUACGUUUCAAAGCGCCUGAGCGACCUGAGCCCUGGGAUGGUGUACUCGAUUGUCUAUGCCCAARAGACAGAGCCGUGCAACUGCAUUUAAUAACAAAUAAUGCAGAGGGUUCGGAGGAUUGUCUCUACCUGAAUGUAUAUGCGAAGAAUUUAAAACCAGAUAAACCACAACCCGUUUUGGUUUGGAUACACGGUGGAGGYUUUGUUGUGGGUGAAGCGAACCGUGAUUGGUUUGGACCAGAUUAUUUCAUGGARAAAGAUGUGGUUUUGGUGACAGUGCAAUAUCGGUUGGGCGUUUUCGGUUUUCUUACACUCGCCUCACCGGAGUUGAAUAUACCUGGUAAUGCCGGUUUGAAAGAUCAAGUGUUGGCACUAAAGUGGAUUAAAAAUAAUAUAGCCAACUUUGGUGGCGAUCCAAAUUGCAUAACUUUAUUCGGUGAAAGUGCUGGCGCUGCCUCGGCGCAUUAUCUCAGCAUUACCGAACAAACCAGAGGUCUAUUUCAUCGUGCAAUUUUAAUGUCUGGCGUUGCCAUUGCUUCUUGGGCGCACAAUGGUCAAGAGCGACACGCUUAUCCACUUGCCAAGCUAGCCGGAUUUAAGGGGGAASAUGAUGAACAACAUGUCUUAGAAUAUCUGAAACAAUGCAAAGCUACCGAUUUGGCACAGUUGGAGCCGAAAGUGCUGACCACAGUUGAAUUACAACGAAAAAUAAUGUUUCCCUUUGCACCCUGUAUCGAGCCGUAUGAUACGCCGGACUGUGUAAUUUCAAAAAGUCCACGUGACCUUAUGAGAACAGCAUGGAGUAAUUCAAUGCCUAUACUGGCGGGUCAUACUUCAGCGGAGGGUUUAGUAAUGCUGCCAUUUAUCAAGGAAAUGCCAAUUUGUCUGAAUGAAUUGGAAACCUGUCGUAGCUUCGUACCCUAUGAAGUAGUGGAUGAUGUGGAUAUCGAGGAAAAUGCUGCGAAGCUGAAAAAAAUGCAUGCCGACAGUGCUGAGCUUACAGCUGACGAAUAUAUGGAUAUCAAUGCUUAUUUGCUUUUCUACUUUCCUCUCCAUCGUGUUCUGCUCUCGCGUUUGACUAAUGCCACGUCUGCUCCCACAUAUCUAUACCGCUUCGACUACGACUCGGAAGUAUUACCAUAUCCCUAUCGCAUUUGGCGCUUUGGUCGUGGUGUGAAAGGCGUAUCUCAUGGCGAUGAACUAGCUUAUCUCUUCACACAUGCAAUGGCAAAUGUACUCUCUAAGGAGAGCCCUGAAUAUCGCACAAUACAACGCAUGAUUGGAAUUUGGACGGAAUUUGCAGCAACUGGUAACCCAAAUGACAAAGACGUCCCUGGUAUGGAAUCACUUUCAUGGGAACCCAUUCGUACACCUGAGCCUGCUUACAAGUGUUUGAAUAUUGGUGAGGAGCUAAAAGUGAUAAACUGGCCAGAAAUGGAAAAGGUUAAGGUAUGGGCGUCUACUUUYGAUAGAAAGAAGAACUUAUUGUUUUAAGCAUAGUAUGUGUGGAGGUAAUAAAAUGUAUAAUUAUGGCAAACAAUUUUUUAUAAUCUCCCAA